AUCAACGCAACUGAAAAUCACCCUGCGGAAAAAUGAUGAUCGGAGAGCGAAACCACCCAAACCCAGUUGUCCACGUUCCUCCAUGGCCGGCGUCAUUCACCGAUGAUCAAACGGCCGAUGUUUCUAUGACCUUGAGCCCUAAUGCCAAUGCUCACUCUAGCCCCAGCUUCGAUGACUACUCCUUUUGCCUCCAGAACGACGCUCUCGCGGCCCUCCAACGUUUUCUGCCGUCCAACCUUAAAACAAACUUGACUGAUCUUGUACUGGAGGAUCUCGACGCCGCUGAAAACGACGACGGUUUCGGGAAAGACUUGGAUCUUCCGGUGGACGCCUACUCAUGCGAUCACUUCCGUAUGUUCGAGUUUAAAGUGAGGAAGUGCAUGCGUGGCAGGUCGCAUGACUGGACCGAGUGUCCGUACGCUCAUCCGGGAGAAAAAGCUCGCCGGAGGGACCCGCGCAAGUAUCAUUAUUCCGGCACUGCAUGCCCGGAUUUUCGUAAGGGGAGUUGUAAGAAAGGUGACGCUUGCGAGUUCGCACACGGCGUAUUUGAGUGCUGGCUCCACCCUGCUCGCUAUCGUACGCAGCCAUGCAAGGAUGGGCUUAAUUGUAAGCGUAGGGUGUGUUUCUUUGCUCACUCGCCGGAGCAACUGAGGGUUCUCAGCCCACGCGCUGAUUCGUACGAUGGGUCUCCUCAUCGACUUGCUCUCGAGGGGUCUUUUGGCAAGGCGCUGCAGUUCAUGUCGUCGCCGGAAUCGGGCUCGCCGCCGUCUGAGUCGCCACCGAUGUCUCCGAUGACGACUUCCACCUCCAUGAGCUCUCUGAGUCGGUCCUUGGGUUCCAACUCGGUCAGUGAGAUUAUGGCGUCACUGCGUCAGCUGCAGCUGAAUAAAGUUCAGUCCGUGCCGUCUUCUUGGGCCUUGCAGGCGGGUGGCUCGGGAUCCGGGACGCCCAGGGUGGUCAUGACCCGGCCUGGUUCCUACAGCUUGCCAUCGACCCCGACGAGGACGGUGGCCCGGAACGGGAUGCGAUACUUUGACAACUGGGACAAGGGAGGGGGCGAAGAGGAGCCAAUGAUGGAGAGGGUGGAGUCCGGGAGGGAUUUGAGGGCCAAGAUAUUCCAGAAACUGAGCAAAGAGAAUCCCUUGGAUUGGGUGGAUCCGAGCCCGUCUGAUGCCCCCCCGAAUCCAGAUGUUGGGUGGGUGUCGGAUCUGAUCCAGUGAAGAGCUGGAGGUGGUCUGGACAUGAUGAAGCGUGUUGUUUUUGGGUAAUCAUUAGUAAUGAUUUUGUUGAUGAAGGUGGGCUUUAGAUUUGGCGACCCUCUCCAGCAUGUGACGACCGUAUAAUUUUUCGGGGAAAAGAGAAGCAGGGAAGGUUAAGAUUAAAAAAAAAGGAGGAGGGGGGGGGCGUGGUUUGUUGUUAAAACCAACAAAUUGAAGAUUCUGUACAUACAAGCGGUGGUAAUUAGUAGUAGUAUAUUUUGAGUUUCGUAAAAGCAUUAAUUAUUAUUGCAUUAUCAGUAGGUUGGUAUCAAAUAUAUAUAGUUAGGAGCAGUACCAAAAAUGGUGCUUGGCUUGGAGGGUGAUGAAGACGGAAGAGAGUAGCAGCAGAUUCUGUGUCUUGGAUGCAAAGAAAGAUUGGGUGUUUUUGGGCUGCUGCUCAAAACUCCAAGGGACUGGGUAGCGCUUUGAGCGGACAGACUAACAGCAGCUGAAGAUUGUGUUAUUUAACUUAUUCCGGGUGUUUAUUAUUAUAUUAUAUUAAUUGUGAUGAAAGUUGGUGUCAUGGGAUAUGUAAGUAAAUUGUAUUUCCCCAUUAAAUGUCACUCCCCACUCCGUACUCUGUAAAUAUGGACGAAGCCAAGUCUCUCUAUGCUUUCUGUAAUUCCCUCCCUUGUGAAUGAUCAAUAUGGUUGGUUAAAAUCCC